AUGGCUCCAAGAAUGUCGAAAGACAGCGACACCAUGUCUCGAGCAAGCACACUUCAAGGUAUAGCAACAACAGACUUCGCCCCGAGAACCGCACACAAGACAAACGAGUUUAUCGCACUACAAACUCUACUCGAGACGCCGGAGAUUCAAGCUACGGUCUCGGCAUCAUCGAACACCAGCGAAACUCUGGUGGAGUCACAAUCAACGAUAAAGAGAAACAAGAGACGAACAGUCUACUGGAUCGUAGGGCUCACCACGUUUGCCUCGCUCAUCGUGUUGGCUGCUAUACUGGUGAGGUACCAGACCCCUGUAGUGCAGCAGGAUGAGAAACGAAGGACACGAUCAGGAAAGCAACGAAUUGGUCGCCAAAGCAAGGACAAAUGCGACCAAGCACCUGCAUCAAGGACGAAAGAAGGGUGCCAUAGCAUGAGGGAAGGCACGAAUAUAUACACAAGACCGGAGGAGAGGCAGGGAGCGAAGGAUAAUCCAGGGGAGUACACGGACCUGGCGAACAAUCAAGGGCUCCGAUGCAAGAAGGUCACUCAGACGCAUAUGUUAGAAUUUCGCUGGGUUCGGAAAACUUGGCUGACACAUGUCAUUAAGUUUCCUUCAGUCUUGUACACGAGAGAGGGAGCAAGAGACAAAACUGCAUCAAAUCACACUACACUGCAUCAAAUCACACUACACUGCACGAGGCUCCCAGAUAAACACACCAAGACCCAACUCCAUCUUGCUUAUCAGUGCCUCAAGAUACGGUCAAAAGGCACGAUCCCUUUUUGUCAUUCAGAGUCAUCAUUUUUUUCAAGAGCAGACAUUUCCACAUACUCUCCUGUGACGGCCAUGCCAAUACCAAAACCAUCAUGCGUUCAGAUGGCCAGACAAACAAGACACCCCGCUGGGAUGAGAGGUGAACGGAAAAGGCACGCAUGUUGA